AUGGGUCACAUAAACUACGUUUACUUAUUAGUGAUAGCCUUCGCUGUUUUGACCGAUGGCGCAGAGAUUCUGGCCACCUAUGCCGAUGGGGUUUUCAGUCAUAUGUACAGUAUGUACCCAUAUCUUGAAAGGUAUGACACCUUUUUUAGAAUGACACGUCCAAAUUUUUGUUUUUUCCCCUCUACCCUAGUCUGCCCUACCGUACCCUGCCCUACUUAAAAAAUAAACUUUUUCCUCUUGCCAUUCUGAAACCAUUACUCCCCAAAUUUUUUUAAUCACCCCUCCCCUCUCACACCCAUUUACCCCUGCCAACAUUAAAUUCAACUCUUCCUUUUUCCAGCCUAGCCAAUGAAGGCCAUAAAGUGACAAUAUUUCACACGGGAAUAGCCAAGCCUCCAGUAUUCGACCACCCUAACAUAUCUCAACUCGAAAUUCGAAGACAAAACGAGACAAGUGUGGUCGAGUUAUUGGGUACUGUAUUUUGGAAAAUGAGUAGUCAUUCGGAUGAACCACCCAUGAUUACUGCCAACAAUGAUAAGGUGUUGAAGAAGGAAAUUGACGAGCAUUCGGAGGAGGUAGGUAUCGUACUAUGCUCUACCCUAUCAUACCCUACCCUACCCUACCCUCUUCUAUCCUAUCCUAUCCUCUUCUAUCCUACCCUACCCUGCAUUGCCUUAUCUUGCCCGCAUUAUUGUGUCUUUGCCCUGCCCUGCCUUUUCUUACCAUCCCUUACCCUACCCUGUCUUGUCCAUCUUCCCCCCUACCCUAAUUUACCCUACCCUACCUUAUUUUACAUUACCCCUACCCUAUUUCUAUCCAACCCUAAUUAGUAAAUUUAAAUUUUCAAAUUUUAGUUGAUGAAAAUCUUCAACCGUCGAUGGGACCUGAUCAUAAUUGACACAUUAUUCGAUAACCAAGGCUACGCUGCAGCAAUGUAUCACCACGAAAAGUAUGGCACACCCUACAUCAACUACAUGACCUCACACAUACUCGAAGUUGACGCUGUUUGGAAUUCAAUGGGUAGGGCGGAACUUACAAUUUGUGAAAAAUUAACCUUUAUCGUGCUACUAAAACCCAUAUUAUUUAACAUUCCUAGACUAAAAUGAUUAGCCUAGAAUUCACUAAAAAAAUAAUAUACUCCGUUGAAACUUGGAAAGUACUAGAAGUGAGAAACGGGCCGGGUCCAAAUUUUGGGGCACAGGCCCGGGUAGACAUAAAGAACGGGCCGGGCCUAAAAAAGAAGAUCAAAGCUUAGCUUAGGCCCGGCCCGAAUUUUUUUACGCAGAAAUGGGCCGCGCCGGCCCGGAUCUUGAUUUGAAACCCGGCGCGACCUAAAUUUGAGCCAGACCCGGCCCGGUACGUUUCAUAUGUCUAAGCCCAUAUUUUAGGUAGACAUGAGAAAAGGCUUGAGCAAACGAAAAAACCGGUCGAUCCUAAAAUUCAGGCCCGCCCAAAGGGCCAGGCUUAAACAGUAGGCCCGGGUACAAAAAAAAUUUUUUUUAAUUUUCUGUUUUAAUUUUCAUUACGGACUAGGCCUAAGAGUUUUUUGAUCAGACCUUGCCGGGCCUGAGAAAAAUUAAGAACGGGCCGGUUCUAAAAUUCAGGCCCGGCCCGAUCCUUACGUCUACCGUCCCGUUUUCAUUUUUCCCAUGCUGGCAUAUCCGAUUAAAAAAUUCUAGGCCCGGCUCGUUUAAAAAAAAUUGAAAUUUUAAAACUUUUCUCAAGCCCGCGGGCCGGGCCCAAAUUUUAAGCCCAGCCCGUUUCAACUUUAGCUCAUGAGUAGGCCGGGCCUAUACGGCCAGUUUCUAACCCCUAUAACCUACUACAAUAUCCAAAAUGAUCCAUUUCAUAACAAUAGCUUUCCAGGCCGAGCCUGGUCCCAAAAGAUGAGUCUCUUCGUACCGAUACCCAAAGAUUCUGAUGACGUUUUUGAUGUUACAAAGUUCACACAUCGACUGACAACAUUCUAUGAGAACUCCGUCGAAUUCCUGCUGUUCUCACUCGCACCUUACUUUACAUUCUCAGCUAUCAAAGAGCUUGGCAUUGAUGGAUUCUCCUUACAAAAGUUGAGAACCCACAGUCCACUUUACAUUACUGAUGGCUUCAGAGGGUUUGAGGCUGCUCCUGGUAAGAUUUUUAUAUUAUAGUAGUGGCUGAUAUAGUACCGUACCGUACUCACCCUACCCUACCUUACCUUACCCUACCCUACCCUACCCUACCCUACCCUACCCUACCCUACCCUACCCUACCCUACCCUACCCUACCCUACCCUACCCUACCUUACUCUAUCAUAUCUUAACCUAUUCUACUCUACCCUGGUUUAUAUUACCGUAACCUUGUUUUAGCCGUUUAAUAGUCUUACUGUAGCUUAAGCUUUUCUUGUACCUAGGACAAAGUUACGGUAUCCUUGAAAAUGUUUUACUAACCUACUUUCAAUGUUCUAUCCUAUAUUAUCCUACCAUAUUCUACCCUACCCUAACUUACACUGCCCGAUUUUAGUUUAGUUUAAUAUACCUUACCCUAUAGUAAACUAUCGUCCCUGUUCUACCCUAUAUUAUCCUACCUUAUCUUACCGUACUAACUUUCAUUAUAUUAUCAAGUUGUUCAAAUAAUUAUGGGCCCCUUUCAAGACAUAUUUUUGAAGUUAGGGGCUCAGGCUUAGUUGAACAUUCUAAUACCAUAUCGAAGCUCGUUCUACCUUGCGCUACCCUAUUCAUGCUAUAUACAAGGCGUACUGUAUAGUUCUUACCAUAAGCAACCCUAUCCUAUCUGACCUUGCACAUCCCUGUCCAACCGUACCUUAUUCUGUCAUAGGCCUUGUCAUGACAGGCUCUUAUUUUGCCCCUACCCUUCUGGUUUUUACCCUACCCUACUUUUCAAAUUUUCAACCUUUCAGAAGCCAUAGAUUUCCAGUCUAUUGGCGCCUACUGUGCCUCUGGAGACGCUGUGAGUGGCGAACUGAAGACAUUUAUUGAGGACAAGACUUCAAAAGGUAUGAACAUGAGCUUUAUCUACUAUAAUAUAAUCUUAAACUACAGUAUGAGCUUUUAAUAUUGGGUUGUUCAAACAAUUAUGUGCCUCCUAACUUCAAAAAUUUUGUUCAAAUAAUUAUGUGCCUCUUAACCUGAAAAUUUUUCUUUAAGAGGAGGGCACAGAAUUAUUUCAACGACCUAAUAUUAGAUUUAAAAAACCUCAUUUUAGGUAUAAAGACCUUAAUUUAGGUACAAUAUACGUCUCAUUCGGCUCGCUAGUCCGCUGGAACCUGGCCCCACAACAAGUUGUAGAUGCCGUCUUCUCAGCCCUAAACACUCUAUCAGAAUACCGUAUCGUCGUAUCUUCGAAAACCGAAAUUAACCACAAACUCGGCUCCCACAUUAAAGUUGUCAAAUGGGCACCACAAGUUGGUCUACUGAAUCAUAAGAGUACCAAGCUGUUCAUAUCACAUGGUGGUAUCAAAAGUGUUAAGGAAGCCAUCUGUUCUGCAACACCUACAGUAUUUGUACCUAUUUUUGCUGAACAAGCCCACAAUUCAAGACAAAUGGCCAAGAAAAAGGUGGCCACAGUGAUCAACAAGUUCACUAUCAGUCAGAAGAACGUGCUCAAGGAGGUUAAUAAGGUCGGUUUUUGAAAAUUCAGUAGACGACUUUUGUCUAGUGUAAUAUCAGAAGAUGGCUAGAUGAAAUUAUGUAUACCUCAAUUUUAGCUCGAAUUUCGUGUAUUAUACCUCAAAUGAAAGCCCGUAACCUUAGCUACAUAAAUUAUAUAGUUAUGCUUAUAUUUAGCUUCAUUCAAACUCACUAGGGUGAGCGACUUUUACCUAGUAUAAUAUCAGAAGGCGGUUAGAUAAAAUUAGCUAUACCUCUGCCAACUCUAUCUCACAAAUAGUACUUUAUACCUCAAAUGGAAGCCCAUAACCUUACGUACAUAAGUCGUAUAGUAGUGCUUAUAUUAAGUUCCAGUUAAACUCCCUAGGGUUGGUGAAGUUUGUCUAGUGUAAUAUCAGAAGGCGACUAGAUGAAAUUAGAUAUGUCACAACCAAUUCUAACUCAUAUUUCGUAUUUUAUACCGCAAAUGAAAGCCCAUGACCUUAGCUACAUAAAUCAUAUAGUCUUGCCUAUAUUUAGCUUCAUUUAAACUCAACAGAGUGAGCGACUUUUACCUAGUAUAAUAUCAAAAGGCAGCAAUAAGAAAUUAGUUAUCCUCAACCAAUUUUGGCACAAAUUUCGUAUUUUACACGGCAAAUAAAAUAGCUUUAGCCACAUAACUCGUACAGUCAUGUUUAAAUUGAGUUUCAUUUUAACUCAUUAGGAUUGGUGACUUUCACCUAGUGUAAUAUCACAAGGCGGCAAGGCAAAAUUAGCUGUAUCUAAAACAAUUUUAGCUUAAAUCUCGUAUUUUACACCGCAAAUAAAACCCCAUAAUAGUUUUAUUCAUAUUUAGACCCACUAAAAACUAACAAGGUUAAGAAACUUUUGCCUAGUGUAAUAUCACAAUACGUCUAGACAAAAUCAAGUGUAUCUUCCAAAUUAACAUUCCAAUUUUCGUAUUUUACACCGCAAAUGAUAGCCCAUACCUUAGCUUCAUAAGAUUUAUUAUCUUGCCACUAUUUAUUUAUAAUCCUACUCAAAAUUUCAAUUUUUAAUAUUUUUCUUCUAGUUUAAUAGGAAUAAACGUCUAGGCAAGGUUAAAAGUACCUUAAAACGCAAAUGAUCGGGUUACAUAUUUUACUUUUCAAUGUUCAUAAAGCAUACCUCAAAUGAAAGCCAAUACAAUAACAACUACAAUAACGUCUAAGUCUUUUCAGAUCCUCCAAGACCCCUCAUAUCAAGCCCGGAUGGACAACUUCCGCGAUCACUACAAAGCCGGCCCAAUUACGAACCUCGAAAUGGCAGUACAUUUAACAAAUCGGGUAAUCAAAAAGAAUGGCAAAAACUUGUGGUUCAGAAGAAAAGGCAUUGAAUUGUCGUGGAUACAGUAUCUUUACUUGGAUUUGUUAGCUAUUGUCUUGUUUGGGUUGUAUGUUAGCUUAAAACUGUCAAUUUUGGUGGCCAAAAGUGGCUAUCAGGGGUUGAAAAGUUGUAACGUUUUGUAAGCUUAUAUUUUAGUUGAAAAAAUUGUAAAUUGUAGUUUUUUUUACAUUGUAAAUAAACUGUUUAUUCAUUUUUUAUUAAGAUAUUUUUUUCAUUAGUUUAAAAUUUUUAAAAAUCCAAAAAAAAACUUUAAAAAUAAAAAAAUGAGCUAAAAACCCAUAACUUUCAAAUUCUUAAACUUAAAAGAAAACUACAUUUACAUUUACCAAACCUAGGAAUAUUAAUACCACAAUAUUUUUUCUCUUUUUGUGUACCAUUCUUUAAAGUUUGGUCCAGUUUGGUAAGAGAAUGGCCAAAAUACCUCAUUUUUUACGUACCCAUGCCAAGAACUUGCUUGAAAAAGAGGAAUAGGGAGGAUGAGGGGGAAUAGCCGCUUCCUCCUAUGGGUAAGAAACGGGCCGUAUAGGCCCGGGCCGGCCCUGCAAACAGGCCGGUAUAGGCAAAAUCUAAAACGGACCGAUUUUAAAAGUUGGGUCCGGCCCGCCAAGCUUGAAAAGUAAGCAUGUAUCCAAAAAAUAAUUUUUUUUUAAAUCUAUUUUUUUAAUUCCCGUUAAUUUUUUAAAAAUAAUGUCCUGUUUUUUUACUGUUCCGGGCCAGUCUACAAAAAAUGCAAACAGGCUGGACAUAAACGUUGAGCCUCAGGCCCCAAACGUGGGCCCUGUCCGUUUUUUACCGUAAAUUUCCACCCCCCCCCCAUUCCUCUCCCUGAAAUAACGUUGACUAGAAAACGACCAAAGAGUAUCCCCUAAAGCAAGUUAAAAUUAAUAUUACUUUUCACUUUAAAGAAUGACUUUUUGAAAAUAUUUGUUGGUUUUGUAUCUUUAUAGUUCAACUUUUAACCUUCUUUAUAUCUCAAAACAACAAAUAACUAGACAAUUUUAAUGUGUAUUUCAAAUUUUUAACAAAAAGUUACAAUUUCCAAAACGCCAUAAACCAGCGGAAUCAUAAUCUAUCACUCAAAAUUGUUCACGCUGUAACACCACGCAAAAUCUUGCUAUCAGUAAGUUUCAUCUCUGAAUCAGUUUAAGAUAUUGAGCAUUUGAUCUUGGUAUCAUUAAAGUUAAAUUUUUCUUGAUAAUUAUUGCGGUUAAGUUCAAAAUAUAAUGUAUCUUCUAUAACAUUUGAAAUUCUAUUUUCUACAAGAUUUAGACCCAAUAAUUGGGCCUACUUUACACUCACAAACCUAAGCCUACUAUUCUACGCUAAAAAUGAUAGAAGUCGUGCCAGAAUCUUCCUAUCCUAAUAUAAUUUCGGAGCUUGAGAACGAUCUAGACCUUAUUGCCACUUUUAAUACUUUGAAGCUUUAUCUAGCUGGAAAACUACAUCAAGUAGAGUUGACAUUGUACUUGUAUUCGAAAGGAGAGUUCAAACACUAUGUCAUUCAACAGGUUACUGCUAAAGCAAAGUAGGUUUCUGCCAAAACUCUUAUAUACUCUUAUAUAUUAAGUCAAACCAAAAGUACCUAGUCACUUUUCAUUUAUUUUUCAACUAAAGAGUGUCCCUUUACUUUUGGUCCAACGUAAUAUUAAAUUGUUCAAAUAAUUCUGUGCCCCUUAACCCCAAAAAUUGGGCUCGAGAAGGAGCACGGAAUUAUGUGAACAACCUAAUAUAUAUAAAUUCGCAAUCGUAUUUUACAUUAACAAAAUAUCUAAUCAAGUAUACACUACCUACCCCACAGAACACGGCUAUUAUUCAAGUUAAAACUUUAAACUACGGUAUUUAAAAUGUUAUGGGCUAAUAAUAAAUUCAAAAAACGUUUUAGAAUAGCCUUUCGCUUUGACUGUAAUACUUUCGACAAAUGCUUUGUAACAGCAUCAACUACAGACCUAUUGGAACAUUUACAGCCCACUUUCGACCAGUACGACGGGUUUUUCUUUUUGGCAAUGCGUGCUGAUUUGAGAGAAAUUGUAAGUCAAACUUUCUAUGACGACGAAUGAAUUCCAGUUCGUAUUAUAUUUUACAAACAAAUUUAUGAAAAAAGAUGUUGUGUUAGCUUUGAUUUAAGUGACCGCCUAUGUUAGUGUAAUCUCAUGAGGUAGAAAACAAAUUUACAAAAAAAGUACCCGACCUGCCCGCUCUUGUUGACUUCAAACUUUAUAUAUAUAUUGGAAGAUCAUGUAAAUAUAAGACCUUCAGCAAAGUACUAAAUCACAUUUUCCACGACAACUCGAGAAAACCCAGACCAAAAAGUUACGUUUUGGAUUUCCCGCCAAAUUGGCAUUAUAUUUCAAGCUUAUAACUUUGUCAUUUUUUUGCUUUUAACCAAUUUUUUGAUAUACUAGUAGAAUACCUUUAAAUGAACCUACAUUUUUGAAGUUGUAAGCGUAGUUUGUCUGAAAAGUCUAAAAAAGUGCUUGAAACACAAUGCCAAAAUUUGCCAAAUUGGCGGAAAACCAAAAUAUUUCAAAUUUAAAACUCAAAAACGCAAUCUAAAAAUUUUUAUAGGUACUAUUGGUAAUACAAAGAACUCAUAUAAAAAUUUUGUGCUGAUUCUGAGCGGAGCAUAUAGGGUAAUUUUAAUUGUAAGCUACAGUAAUCAUAUUAACCCAGAUAAACCACUCAAUUAACCUUAAAUUCAAAAAAAAUUUAGUCUAGAUAGACCCUAAGCAUAAAAUACCACUGCUUUCAGCUCCUCCGCCACCUUGACAAAACCCAAUCCCAUCCUUAUAUGCCUAUGGACGAGCCAAACUGGGCCUACUACUUUGAUGACAAACAAAUCGAAAAUCUAAUGAAAAUGGACCUAACACCACCGACUGGAUAUGAAUAUAGUGUUCUUACUGAAAAAGAUGCUAAGAGAGUGUCUGAGGAUCAGCUAUACACUUCUAAAGGCGAUGAUCGGAUCAUGGCGUGAGAUUUUUUAAAUUAAGAUUACAAAAUUAUGGCGUAUUUUACAUAAUUUUAAAGUUGAAAAUAGACCUGUAGAGAAGCUAAACCGGACUUAAUUUUGGAGUUGGCCGGCCCAAGCCUUGGUUUGAGUUCCAGCCCGCAGGCCCACGUGAGCCCACUUGGUCCGGCCAUCAGACUCGUUUUCCACUUUUCACAAGUCAAAUCUUUCGCUGCGAGGCCUAAAUAAAUCGGGCCCCUGGGGUCUUAGGAGGCUUCAGUCCUCCGGGCCUAAAUGUACCGGGCUGGCUCCUUUCAAAUUUGCUUCCGGAAGCUGCACCGGACUAAACUAGGUUUCUGGAGCCUUGUUAGUUUAGGCCCCGACCCUCAGGCCCAGAAGUACCUGCCCGACCACUUUCAAAUUUGGUUUGGCUCGACCCAGUCCGUCCUGGAGCCGGCCCAAAGCCGGGCCUAGUAGCCCCCUUUCAAGCCUACACACUAUACAUAUAAGUAUAUCCUAUAGUAAUAGUUAGACAUGAGAAAUGGGCCGGGCCGGCACUAAGCAAAACUUCGAUCGGGCCAGGCCUAACAUUCAGGCCCGGUCCUUUUCUCAUGUCUAAUAGUAGUACACCACUUAUUUAUACCCGUAUAUGACCAUACCUCAUUCUCCCCUUUUUAGUAUAAAGCUAGCCGGACUACCCUCCUCAUCCCUGAUUCACACAGCUACAAGCGAUUUGGCUUCUUAUAUUGGUAAUGAUGGAUUUGGCAUGUUAGCUUGGUUGUACACGAUGAAAGAACACCGACACAAACGACUGGCUACAUUGGUCGAGAUGAAGUUACAUCAAAGCGAUGUUCUUGAGUAGGUUUUUGUCUUUUAUUAGUUGUUCAAAUAGUUCUGUGCCUCCUCUAAAAACAAAUAUUUGAGGUUAAGAGGCACAGAACUAUUUGGAAAAAAUUUUGAAAUUUCGAAUUUUUUUUUCAAAUUUUCUUAAAUUUCGAAAAAUUAAAAUUUUAAAAAGUUAAAUUCGUAUUUUAGGUUAGGAAUGCGCCCAUUCAAAGCCGUAUCCCUAAAUCGACCCCGAGUUUUGGAAAUGUCCAAGCCCUAUUACACCACGAUAAAAGGUCCAGAUGGAAAAGAAAUCAUAUUCUACUUCACUUAUCGAUGCAAACAGCCCAAGCCUAAAGUUCAUAUUUAUGAAAAUUAA